GCCGCAGCCAUGGGUGACUCCUACGCCGCCGCCUUCCCCAGCGCCCCGGGGCUGCUGUCGCCGUCCGCCAGCCCCCAGGCCUCCCCCGGCCCCUACGGCCCCGACUACGGCCCCUUCGGCCACCCCUUCCCAGCGCCCUCGGGCGCCCAGGAGGUGCUGGGCGCCCCGGUGGUGGUGGCGACCAAGGGCCACCCCGCGGGCGAGUGCCUGCCCGGCGUGUACCCCUCGCUGGAGAUGCCGCACCCCUACGGCUCCUGGUACAAGGGCGGCAUCGGCGGGGGGCUGCCGGGGGGCUCCGGGCCCGCGGCGCCGUCCUGGUGGGAUGUGCACCCCAACGGGGGCUGGCUGGGGGGGCCGGCGGGCGCCGAGGGGCUGCAGGGCUCUCUGCAGGGCCAGCCCACCCUCAGCCCCCCUCUGCCCGCCUACGGCUCCGACUUCGGCGCUCUGAACCCCCCUGCUUACAGCAACGCCCCCGCGGCGCCCCCCACCCCUAAAGCCGCGCCGGGCGAGACCCCGAAGGGUCCCCGCGGCGGCUCCCUGGGGGGACGCCCGGCGUGCGACUGCCCCAACUGCCAGGAGCUGGAGCGGCUCGGGGGCCCGGCGGGGGCGCGGCGGAAGCCGGUGCACAGCUGCCACAUCCCGGGCUGCGGGAAGGUGUACGGCAAAGCCUCGCACCUGAAGGCGCACCUGCGCUGGCACACGGGGGAGCGGCCCUUCGUGUGCAACUGGCUCUUCUGCGGCAAGCGCUUCACCCGCUCCGACGAGCUGGAGCGCCACGUCCGGACGCACACGCGCGAGAAGAAGUUCACCUGCCUGCUGUGCAGCAAGCGCUUCACCCGCAGCGACCACCUCAGCAAGCACCAGAAGACCCACGCCGACCCCGGGCCCCCCAAGCCGCCCCCCGGCGCCGAGCAGCCCCCCGCGUCCCCCCGGCCGCCGCCCGCCUCGCCCGCCAAGGACGGCGGCAGCCCCGAGGCCGGGAGUUUGUUGGAGAUUUGA